AUGUUGCCAUGUGUCUGCUGGAUCCAGCCUCUCCUCGUCUUUCUGUCCUCUGUCUUACGGGCUCAGGGGGAAAACUGCCCAGCGAGCUGCCUGUGCCCGGAUCCCCACACUGUGGACUGCAGCGGUCGUGGACUCACCCGUCUUCCUGAUGAGAUCCCUUUGGACAUCCGCAGGCUCCUUUUGUCUGACAACUGGAUCCCCCGCAUUCCCUCUGACUUCCUUGUGCUCUACAGUGACCUGGUCUACCUGGACCUGCGGAACAACUCUCUGUCCCACAUUGAGCCGGGCACCCUCAGCACCUCUUCCAGGCUGGUGUUUCUGGACUUGGGCAGCAACAACCUGACUGACAUCCCCUCGGGCACCUUUGGGCAGUCCCGUAGCCUGAUCAAACUCCGCCUGGGUAACAACCCCUAUCUGAGCAUGGUCAAUGAGGACGCGUUCCUGGGUCUCACCUCCCUGCGUGAACUGGAGCUGGAGCGUAAUGCCCUGUCUGGCCUUCAGGUGGGAGCGCUGAGCCAGUUGCCCUCUUUACGGGUGGUGAGACUGGAGGGCAACCCUUGGGUGUGCAACUGCAACUUUGCCAACCUGUUUGCAUGGCUGGAGGAAAACAGUCACAAGCUUCCGAAUGGUAAGUGGCUUCGUCAGGGGGAUGCUACUUUGCUUACAGCUUGCGUGACCUAAAAAAAAGGAAAGCCGUGCAAUACUAAGAUGAUAUUAUCUUAGCAAAUCUUAUGCCAUGCUAUUGCUGUGUGUUCUAUUUAUAUUUUCCCAGUAGAAAGAGGAACCCCUUCCUCUGUUCUAAUUUUGGCUCCCUCAUUAUUUUCCUGGCCGAACCCACAGUGCCAGGGAGAGUAAUGAAAGACAAUGAGAAACAAGCUCUGGGGGGAGACCUUCAGGGGCAUGGUCUCAGGUUAAUUUCACUACAGACUGCCUGCAGCUUCAUCCACAGCAGCAAAACAAACACAACAACAGAAAACCACCUCACGUUUACAAUUCUGCUUGAGCAUGAGAUGUUGCCAUGGCUGUGUGCGUAGUGUACCGUCCAAGCCAAACACCUGCCUCUCCCCUCAUGCCGGUGGUCUAUUAACGUUGUGCUAAAUCAAUCAAUUAGUGAGUGCUGUUUGUAUGACCAAUGUAACCAAACACUUCCUGUAUCCUUCCUGGUGGUGGAGGCUGUAGGCCAUCGGGUCCUUCACCAUUGUGUUUCUGCCUGGGUGAGUUAGGUAAUGUUACGGCACUGGUGUGUUGGCGGGGGCCCGUCUCUCUCGUUCUCUAUCUCUCCCUCUCUGUGUCUCAGGCACGAAACUCUGGAAAACAAACAAAAGACAAAGGGGAUGACAAUUCUCCCACAGGAGUGUGUAUCCCACAAAGGGUAACAUCUGCUUAUAUGGAGAUGAUUAGACUGAACAUCCAAACCCAGAGGUUAUUGUUGUGGGAUUCAUGUGUUAAUAAUGCAGAGGGAAACAAAGCCCCAUUGUGGAGAUGUUCAUUUCUUCCACUCUUUCAAGAUAGAAACAUAACAAAUCCCAGACUAUGGGAUUCACAGUAGGCUGCUAAGUAAAUACUCUGUAGCAAUUCAAUAGUUUCACAUUUUACAACUUCUUUACUUUCAGAAUUUACUCCACAUUACUCCAAUCACCAUUCAUUGUAUUUGGAGCUACUAACAAUAGGAGAGCCACAUGUUGUUUGCUUGACAUCACAUUUUAAUAUUAUUUAGAUAUUGUCCUUGAAAAUGCAGAGGACAUCUAUUCAUGAUAAUCAUUUUUGCAAGACUGUGUAUAGACCACCAGUUAAUAUAGAAUCCACUAACAUACAGCACACUAUGUUUGAAUAUUUGUACAAGUCAAAUAGUUCAGGUCUGCUGAAUAACCCCAGAUGAAUGUGGUAAAACACUAUGAUGACAUCUGUGGAUGUACAGUUUACUGUACAUGUGUACUGUAUUCAAUUCCAAGGCAAAGAUACACAGCAUAAACAUCAUGAAUACAUAAGUCGGCAUAUGAACCAAUAGAUACAGUACAUAAAUAAGCGUGCGCAGCUGUCACUGUCUCCGAGCCAAGGUCGUUCCACGGGGGACAUUACAUGACGAUCCACAUAAACAUGGGACAUCAACACAUUGUAAAGACAAACAUCGUCCCAUAAAAGCCUAAAUAGCUAUCUCAUGUUAUCUCUAUCCUUUUAAAAAUAUGGAGAAAGGAUUACUAAGAUAAACUAAUACAAUCGAUAAUUCAGUGGGUAGUGGGUAAAGCUGGUAACAGCCCAGGUAUCCUAUCCAUUAUGUCUGUGUGACUAGAUAUUGUAAACAUUACCCUGUGGAUAUGGACGUCAUGUUCACAUAAAGUUCUUUUUUUACCCCAUUUUUGUGAUUACAAUCUUUUCUCAUCGCUGCAACUCCCCAACGAGCUCGGGAGAGGCGAAGGUCGAGUCAUGCGUCCUCCGAAACAUGACCCGCCAAACCACGCUUCUUAACACUCGCUCGUUUAACCUGGAAGCCAGCCACACCAAUGUGUCUGGGGAAACACUGUUCAACUGAUGACCGAAGUCAGCCUGCAGGCGCCAGGCCCGCCACAAGGAGUUGCUAGAGAGCGAUGAGCCAAGUAAAGCCCCCCCGGCCAAACCCUCCCCUAAACAUUUUUACAUUUUUACAUUUUUACUCAUUUAGCAGACGCUCUUAUCCAGAGCGACUUACAGUUAGUGAAUACAUAUAUAUAUAUUUUUUAUACUGGCCCCCCGUGGGAAUCGAACCCACAACCCUGGCGUUGCAAACGCCAUGCUCUAUCAACUGAGCUACAUCCCUGCCGGCCAUUCCCUCCCCUACCCUGGACGACGCUGGGCCAAUUGUGCGCCGCACAUGAGUCUCCCGGUCGCGGCCGGCUGCGACAGAGCCUGGAUUCGAACCAGGAUCUCUAGUGGCACAGUUAGCACUGCGAUGCAGUGCCUUAGACCACUGCGCCACUCAGGAGAAACCUGAGGAGAAACUCAGGAGAAACCGGACGACACUGGGCCAAUUGUGCGACACCCUAUGGGACUCCCGGUCACGAUCGAACCCCAGGCUGUAGUGAUGCCGCAACACUGCAAUGCAGUGCCUUAGACCGCUGCGCCACUCAGGAGGCCCUCAUAACCUUACUUCUAUCUUAUUUUUUUAUCAUAGGAAUGCAAGUAGUUAUGUUUUGUAGAGGCUUGUGUGGACACAAGCAGUGGGUGGACAUUGCAAACUGCUGACAACUAACAAAAUCAUCCUCACACAUUUAGUUAGUUACCAUGCAAUUGCCACGCCUCUUCCUCUCCCUCCUACUCCUCAAUAAUAAAGCAUUCGCAAAAAGUUGGGUCUGCGAGAGAAAUAGAAGUUGAUAAAUUGGCAGGAAUACCUCAUUCCCCGUGUUAAGAAGCUGCAAAUGCAUUCAUCACUUGUCCUCAGUGUUAUCUACUGCAGGCUGUAAUGAAUGAUAUUAGAGAUGCUGGCCAAAGCACACAUCAGCAGCAACAAACAACAGGCCAUUGGCCCAGCCAGCCAACCCCUCUGGCAUACCUGCCAACUGGACCCAGAGAUGCACUCUCAAAUUGAGUUGACUGUGCAGCGUCUCACCUCAUGUAAUGCAUUUACAUUUAAAUCAGUGAGUGUUUACUGUGUGGCCUGGCUAGGAGGCAAAACCACCUGCUAACCAUUAAUAAACCAUUGUGACCAUCAACCAAACAUACACACACUCACACACAGACUUGAUCACUUUAUUUAGCAGUAGACCUGAAGAACACUAUGCUGUUUGCGUCAGCACUGGGCAAAUACAGUGGGGAAAAAAAGUAUUUAGUCAGCCACCAAUUGUGCAAGUUCUCCCACUUAAAAAGAUGAGAGAGGCCUGUAAUUUUCAUCAUAGGUACACGUCAACUAUGACAGACAAAUUUAGAAAACAAAAUCCAGAAAAUCACAUUGUAGGAUUUUUUAUGAAUUUAUUUGCAAAUUAUGGUGGAAAAUAAGUAUUUGGUCACCUACAAAUAAGCAAGAUUUCUGGCUCUCACAGACCUGUAACUUCUUCUUUAAGAGGCUCCUCUGUCCUCCACUCGUUACCUGUAUUAAUGGCACCUGUUUGAACUUGUUAUCAGUAUAAAAGACACCUGUCCACAACCUCAAACAGUCACACUCCAAACUCCACUAUGGCCAAGACCAAAGAGCUGUCAAAGGACACCAGAAACAAAAUUGUAGACCUGCAACAGGCUGGGAAGACUGAAUCUGCAAUAGGUAAGCAGCUUGGUUUGAAGAAAUCAACUGUGGGAGCAAUUAUUAGGAAAUGGAAGACAUACAAGACCACUGAUAAUAUCCCUCGAUCUGAGGCUCCACGCAAGAUCUCACCCCGUGGGGUCAAAAUGAUCACAAGAACGGUGAGCAAAAAUCCCAGAACCACACGGGGGGACCUAGUGAAUGACCUGCAGAGAGCUGGGACAAAAGUAACAAAGCCUACCAUCAGUAACACACUACGCCGCCAGGGACUCAAAUCCUGCUGCGCCAGACGUGUCCCCCUGCUUAAGCCAGUACAUGUCCAGGCCCGUCUGAAGUGUGCUAGAGUGCAUUUGGAUGAUCCAGAAGAGGAUUGGGAGAAUGUCAUAUGGUCAGAUGAAACCAAAAUAUAACUUUUUGGUAAAAACUCAACUCGUCGUGUUUGGAGGACAAAGAAUGCUGAGUUGCAUCCAAAGAACACCAUACCUACUGUGAAGCAUGGGGGUGGAAACAUCAUGCUUUGGGGCUGUUUUUCUGCAAAGGGACCAGGACGACUGAUCCGUGUAAAGGAAAGAAUGAAUGGGGCCAUGUAUCGUGAAUUUUUAAGUGAAAACCUCCUUCCAUCAGCAAGGGCAUUGAAGAUGAAACGUGGCUGGGUCUUUCAGCAUGACAACGAUCCCAAACACACCGCCCGGGCAACGAAGGAGUGGCUUCGUAAGAAGCAUUUCAAGGUCCUGGAGUGGCCUAGCCAGUCUCCAGAUCUCAACCCCAUAGAAAAUCUUUGGAGGGAGUUGAAAGUCCGUGUUGCCCAGCGACAGCCCCAAAACAUCACUGCUCUAGAGGAGAUCUGCAUGGAGGAAUGGGCCAAAAUUGGGCCAGCAACAGUGUGUGAAAACCUUGUGAAGACUUACAGAAAACGUUUGACCUGUGUCAUUGCCAACAAAGGGUAUAUAACAAAGUAUUGAGAAACUUUUGUUAUUGACCAAAUACUUAUUUUCCACCAUAAUUUGCAAAUAAAUUCAUUAACAAUCCUACAAUGUGAUUUUCUGGAUUAUUUUUUCUCAUUUUGUCUGUCAUAGUUGACGUGUACCUAUGAUGAAAAUUACAGGCCUCUCUCAUCUUUUUAAGUGGGAGAACUUGCACAAUUGGUGGCUGACUAAAUACUUUUUUCCCCACAUUACAUGAUACAGUAUAUACUGAUGAAUGCAUUUGCAAGUAGGAAAUUCGUAUAGCACAGUGGUACAGUAUUAUUCUGGGACUCCCUCUGUGCUCAUAAAAAAGAGGAAAUGUUGCUUAUGCAUAUCGGUAAAAUUAACAAAGCUGUACAUUUGAAAUCAAAGGAGAACUUAUGAUUUGAAAUCCCUGGCUGCAGCUCCAAAGGCAUUUUCAAGUAAAUGUAAUUUCUCAUGGGUCUAGGGCAUGAGAAGUCAAAUAAUCCUUCCACAGAAGGUUUUCUGAAAAUCUGUGCAUGAUUCAACCAGUCUCUUCUCAACUGCUCACAUUGUAGAGGAAUUGUUGUGAACCAUACAUACAGAAACUGUUCCAAAGGAUAGAUUAUAGAGUCAGACACACCUACACACUGCUAACAAUACCAAGUUGGUAUUGCUGAACAGAUGUGUUGGUGUGAAAACUUCAAACCACCCAAAAUAUUAUUGAGUAUUAUGAAAGGACCUGAUUCAUGAGUGGUGAGUGUGUGUGUCUCUCUCUCUCUCUCUCUCUCUCUCUCUGUGUGUGUGUGUGUGUGUGUGUGUGUGUGUGUGUGUGUGUGUGUGUGUGUGUGUGUGUGUGUGUGUGUGUGUGUGUGUGUGUGUGCGCAUGCGUGCGUGCGUGCGUGCGUGCGUGUAUGCUUGCGUGCAUGCGUGCAUGUGUUUUUGUGUUUGGGGUAGGUCUGUUGACCACCACUUUUCCUGCAGUAGCAGAUGGACAGUCAUUUAUAGAACGAGGCUGACUUGAUAAGCUCCUCAACAUGUAUCAACACUUCACAGAACCAUCAUCAGCAUCCUCCUUGGGUGCAUGAUUUGUCACAGAAUAAUGGUACCCUUUAAUCCAGAGCUAAAAUGGUAAUGGUUAGGAUUGAUGCUCAAACAGCAUCAACAGCCAGUUUAUAUUACCAUAGAGUGAACAUGGAAACAUGGAAUAAUGAAAACAUAGUCAAAAUCCUCCACCCAUCAAAUAAUUCCCAACUCACCAGACAUGAAUCUCCCCUUCUGUCCUAAUACUGUUAUCAUGGAUUAGACCCUGUUUAGCAUUACUUUAGCAGCAGCAGUGUAGACAUGCUCUGGACCCGUUUGUGCCUGUUCUCACAUGCUGAUUCCCCAUGUGAUAGACAUACUGUACCAGUCCACUGCACUGCACACAGCAUACGUUGUGCAUACGCUGUUUGCAUAACUCUUAUUGGGUAACUGUGCUGAGUGUGUUGUGAAUGCCAAAUAUUCUGGGAUUUUAUGGAUUGAAAGGGUCACUGUCCAGAUGACUGUUUUUACCAAAUUGACAGAUGCCCAAGACACAUAUUAUCUAAUUAUGCCUAUUGAUGUAUUCUUUCAGAGUCCCUCUUGACUGUGGAUCCCCAUAGACAGUCAGUAGAUAAUGUGACUGUUGCAAAAUGAGUAAUAACUGAUCUUCAUCUGCAUAAUAUGUAUUGAUGACCAACCUUGCAUAUCAAUUGACAACCUCUCUCCAUAAACCUGCCAAGGAUACAGUCUUUGUAAUCAGAUAUCUGUCAGUACACUCCUCUGAGGGGACGUUCCUGUGCGCAGGUCUGCCUGUUUGCCACAAAUCAGGUGCCUAAAUGUUUCAUUAGGGAAUGAGUGUCAACAUGAUCCACUGCUGUCUCCAGAGCUCUUGGGUUAAGGAUGAACAUGUAUCAUUUAGAGAAACACAGUUCUAUAGCACCAACCUAGACUCAGGGGUAGGCGUAACAUAUAUUUUACAUUUUACAUUUUAGUCAUUUAGCAGACGCUCUUAACCAGAGCGACUUACAGGAGCAAUUAGGGUUAAGUGCCUUGCUCAAGGGCACAUCAACGUCAUUUAGCAGACGCUCUUAGCCAGAGCGACUCACAAAUUGGUGCGUUCACCCUAUAGCCAGUGGGAUAACCACUUUACAAUUUGGGGGGGGGGGGGGGGGGGGGGGGGGUUAGAAGGAAUACUUUAGCCUAUCCCAGGUAUUCCUUAAAGAGGUGGGGUUUCAAAUGUCUCCGGAAGGUGGUGAGUGACUCCGCUGUCCUGGCGUCGUGAGGGAGCUUGUUCCACCAUUGGGGUGCCAGAGCAGCGAACAGUUUUGACUGGGCUGAGGGGGAGCUGUGCUUCCGCAGAGGAAGGGGAGCCAGCAGGCCAGAGGUGGAUGAACGCAAUGUCCUCGUUUGGGUGUAGGGACUGAUCAGAGCCUGAAGGUACAGGGGUGCCGUUCCCCUCACUGCUCCAAAGGCAAGCACCAUGGUCUUGUAGCGGAUGCGAGCUUCAAUUGGAAGCCAGUGGAGUGUGCGGAGGAGGGGGGUGACGUGAGAGAACUUGGGAAGGUUGAACACCAGACGGGCUGCGGCAUUCUGGAUGAGUUGUAGGGGUUUAAUGGCACAGGCAGGGAGCCCAGCCAACAGCGAGUUGCAGUAGUCCAGACGGGAGAUGACAAGUGCCUGGACCAGGACCUGCGCCGCUUCCUGUGUAAGGCAGGGUCGCACUCUCCGAAUGUUGUAGAGCAUGAACCUGCAGGAGCGGGUCACCGCCUUGAUGUUGGCGGAGAACGACAGGGUGUUGUCCAGGGUCACGCCUAGGCUCUUCGCACUCUGGAAGGAGGACACAGCGGAGUUGUCUACCGUGAUGGCGAGAUCAUGGAACGGGCAGUCCUUCCCGGGGAGGAAGAGCAGCUCCGUCUUGCCAGGGUUCAGCUUGAGGUGGUGAUCCGUCAUCCAUACUGAUAUGUCUGCCAGACAUGCAGAGAUGCGAUUCGCCACCUGGUGAUCAGAAGGGGGAAAGGAGAAGAUUAGUUGUGUAUCGUCAGCGUAGCAAUGAUAGGAAAGGCCAUGUGAGGAUAUGACAGAGCCAAGUGACUUGGUGUAUAGGGAGAAAAGGAGAGGGCCCAAAACCGAUCCCUGGGGGACACCAGUGGUGAGAGCACGUGGUGCGGAGACAGCUUCCCGCCACGCCACUUGGUAGGAGCGACCGGUCAGGUAGGACGCAAUCCAGGGCACUCCAAUUAGUAUGAUAUGUUCGGUUUUGUAUGGUAAGUAUUGAUUUGUUUCGUAUGAUCCAUUUCAUAUGAUAUGUUACGAAUUCCAAUUUGUUGUGGCUAAUGUUAGCUAGGUGACGAAGGUGGCUAAUGCUAAUGCUAACGUUAGCUAGGUGGCUAAUGUUAGCUAGGCUAGGGGUUAGAGUUAGGGGUUCUGUACAAGUGCAGUGAAAUGUCUUUCUUGCUGCAAGCUCCAAACCCAACAAUGCAGUAAUCAAUAUCAAUGUAGCACUAAAUGUAACAUAAGAUAGAACAAAAACACACAAUAAAUAAAAAUAAGAAAUAAGAAGUACACAAGAAAGUAAGAAGCUAUAUACAGGGUCAGUUCCAAUACCACAUUUACAAGCUACCUAUUGUUUUUUUCCCCCUUUUUAUUUAUGAAUUGUACACUGGUCAACAAAUGUAUGUCUGUGCAGGGAUACUGAACUGAUAGAGGUAGAUAUGUAUGGGGUAAGGUGACUAGGCAUCAGGAUAUAUGAUAAACAGAGUAGCAGCAGCGUAAACGAUGAUUGUAUGUGAGUGUGUGUGUGCGUGAGUGUAGAGUCAGUACAAAUGUGUGUGCAUGUUAUGUGCAUGUUGGAGUGUCAGUGUGCGUGAGUGUGUAGAGUCCUGUGAGUGUGCAUAAAGACAGUGCAAAAACUAAAAUAAUAUACAAGGGUCAACUCAGAUACUCUGUGUAGCAAUCUUAUGGCUUGGGGAUAGGGUUAGGUUAGGGUUAAGGUUAGGGUUAAGGUUAGGGUUAGGAGUUAGGUUAAAGGGUUAGGGUUAGGGGAAGGGUUAGCUAACAUUCUUAGUAGUUGCAAAGUAGCUAAAAAGUAGUAAGUUGUUGCAAAGUUGCUAAUUAGCUAAAAUGCUAAAGUUGUCCAAGAUUAGAUUUGAACACGCAACCUUUUGGUUGCUAAAUGUUUGCGUUAUAUGUCUACCCAUCCACCCCAACCAACCAACCAACCAACCAACCAACCACCCUACUUUAGUUUUUGCCUUAAAGGUAUACUUCGGGAUCUACUUCCCCAGAGUCAGAUGAACUCGUGGAUACCAUUUUUAUGUCUCUGCAUGCAGUUUGAAGGAGGUUUCUAACUAGCGCUAGCAGAUACCCAUAGACUUCCAGUCAUUGCACUAACGCUAGUUAGCAUUGGCUCGCAUAACUACCUCUGACUUCCUUCUUACUGGACACAGAGACAUAAAAAUGGUAUCCACCAGUUCAUCUGACUCCAACAACGCCAAAAUCCCGAUGUAUCCCUUUAAGUAACCUUCUGUCUUAUGUAACCAUACCAAACGUAACAUAUCAUACUAAUUUGAGUGCCCUGGAUUUAUAUUUACUAUGUUACGUCUAGUCUAUGAGACCAGGCUGAUACCACAGUGGCCAGCUGGGUAACAGGAGCCACAGCCAUUCACAGGGCAGGCCAGAGCAGGGCAUAGCAGGGCAGGGCGGCUUAGCUCCCAUGGGUCCCAUGGGCCAGUGUCUGAGGCCUAAUGUGACACAGCUAUCAACACUGUUCAUGAUCCACAGCUCAUGUGACUGGGUCAAUGUCUACAUUUUCCUUCACAGCCUAUCAGGUAACUCCACAGAGAGCUGUUACCACACUGCAUGAGCAGAUCUGUAAAUAUGACGUCACUGUGAAUUCACUGGCUUUCCACAUCACUGUCUCAUAUUAUAUUCAGUACGCAGUUAACAUUGCAUUACAUUACAAAAUCAUCAACUGUCUUUGCCUCGGGCAUGGACGUCAGGGAAAAUGUAUUAUUUCACUUACAUGAGAAGAGAGUGUAUUUGACCUUGGCCAUUUAAUGUUUAUUUAACAUUGAAAAAAUAAUGCAAGCUGACUAUGAAGUGUCUAGCUUAGCAAGCAAUCAAAAAAGUUCUACGUUAUGAGUAAUACAUGUCUAAAUGGCAAGCGUAACAUUCUGAGCAAAGAAAUAUCAAGCUAGUGCUUUAUACAGCUGUGGAUUUUGUGUCUGUUCUUGUGUGUGCUUGUGUGUGUUGAAUGAGCCAUGCUAGAUGUUUGUGCUGGGAGUAUCCCCAUGUGACUAUGAGAUCACUGAGUCCCUGUGCAAAAGGUAAACCACUCCUGAUUUGAAUGACUCACACUUGGCCUCACUGUCACAUGAAGGGUUGUCACUUUGUGCAUUCAGACACUCUACCCCAUCUCUAUUUGUCUCUUCCCACUCUCUAUCUCCCUCUGACUCUCUGUUCUUCUUUUUCUUUGAUUUCUUCUCUGUGAUUGUCUUUGAGUAAUUCUCCGCUCUCUCCCCUCUGAGUGAUAAUGUCUCUUUCUCUCUGCUGCAUUUUUUACUGAAUUACAAUCAGUCAGACUCAAAUGAGGGACUCUGGGAUGCUUGUGCACCUGAUACAAAAGGCUACCAUAAAGCAAGGACCAUCCUAUAAUUCAUCUGCAACCACUGGAUUCCCUGAUCUGUUUGUAAUCCCUGGAAAUUGCAAAAACAUGUAUAGAAAGUAAAAAAGCCCAUUCCAUAGUUUAAUUGGGAAUUAUGAGAUAAUUGCCUUCAUGCCACGGGUCCAUGUAAUAAUUCUCACUCUGCUAUCGACAUUGGAAUAAAUCACGACAGCCACUGUGGUGUUGAAGUGGGAGGAGACAAUCCUCCGAUAUCAGCCUGCGACAGCCAGCUAGAUCAACCACCCAGGAGACAGGAAGUGGGUUACAAAUGGACAGCCAAGGCAAGGCGCUGUAAUCCUGAUUGUAAUCCAUCACGAGGCGACACUAGCUGUAACCAACCAUGUGGUUGCCCAUACCUGGACCUGCUGGCCAACCGGAUUGGUUUCUAGCUGUAUCAUAUUCUGGAUUACACUAUAUUGGUGCACCUUACUCUCGAGGCCCAUAUGUAUGGUGAUAGCAGUCAUAGACUAUGGCUAUUGGUGGAAAUAAGAUAUUGCUCUGGCAAUGAUUGAGAAUUUGGUCCACUAGCCUCUUAAGACUACAGUGGCCGAUUUCGGGCACCAGAUUUACUGGUAAUUACUGAUAAUAUGUUUACAUGACGUAUUUGAUUCAUUUCCCACAGUUUUAUAAGUCAGAACAAUAAAAACUAGACAGUUCCAGGACAAAAAGAGGCUUCUCUGUUGAAAAUAAACUCUAGACCACCUUUACUCCACACACAGAGACGCGUACAAAGCUCUCCCUCGUCCUCCCUCGCCCUCCAUUUGGCAAAUCUGACCAUAAUUCCAUUCUCCUGAUUCCUGCUAAUAAGCAAAAACGAAAGCAGGAAGCACCAGUGACUCGGUUAAUAAGAAGUGGUCAGAUGACGCAGAUGCUAAGCUACAGGACUGUUUUGCUAGCACAGACUGGAAUAUGUUCCGGGAUUCUUCCGAUGGCAUUGAGGAGUACACCACAUAAGUCACUAGCUUCAUCAAUAAGUGCAUCGAUGAUGUCGUCCCCACAGUGACUGUACGUACAUACCCCAACCAGAAGCCAUGGAUUACAGGCAACAUCCGCACUGAGCUAAAGGGUAGAGCUGCCGCUUUCAAGGAGCGGGACUCUAUCCCGGACACUUAUAAGAAAUCCCACUAUGCCCUCCGACGAACCAUCAAACAGGCAAAGAGUCAAUACAGGGCUAAGAUCGAAUCGUACUACACCGGCUCCGACGCUCGUCGGAUGUGGCAGGGCUUGCAAACUAUUACAGACUACAAAGGGAAGCACAGCCACGAGCUGCCCAGUGACACAAGCCUACCAGACGAGUUAAAUCACUUCUAUGCUCGCUUCGAGGCAAGCAACACUGAAGCAUGCAUGAGAGCAUCAGCUGUUCCGGAUGACUAUGUGAUCACGCUCUCCGUAGCCGAUGUGAAUAAGACUUUUAAGCAGGUCAACAUUCACAAGGCCGCAGGUCCAGACGGAUUACCAGGACAUGUAUUCUGAGCAUGUGCUGACCAACUGGCAAGUGUCUACACUGACAUUUUCAAUAUGUCCCUGACUGAGUCUGUAAUACCAACAUGUUUCAAGCAGACCACCAUAGUCCCUGUGCCCACGAACACUAAGAUAACCUGCCUAAAUGACUACCGAGCCAUAGCACUCACGUCUGUAGCCAUGAAGUGCUUUGAAAGGCUGGUCAUGGCUCACAUCAACACCAUUAUCCCAGAAACCCUAGACCCACUCCAAUUUGCAUACCGCCCCAACAGAUCCACAGAUGAUGCAAUCUCUAUUGCACUCCACACUGCCCUUUCCCACCUGGACAAGAGGAACACCUGCUAUUCAUUGACUACAGCUCAGCAUUCAACAAAAUAGUGCCCUCAAAGCUCAUCACUAAGCUAAGGAUCCUGGGACUAAACACCUCCCUCUGCAACUGGAUCCUGGACUUCCUGACGGGCCACCCCCAGGUGGUAAGGGUAGGUAACAACACAUCUGCCAUGCUGAUCCUCAACACAGGGGCCCCUCAGGGGUGUGUGCUCAGUCCCCUCCUGUACUCCCUGUUUAACCAUGACUGCAUGGCCAGGCACGACUCCAACACCAUCAUUAAGUUUGCCGAUGGUAGGCCUGAUCACCGACAACGAUGAGACAGCCUAUAGGGAGGAGGUGGUGCCAGGAUAACAACCUCUCCCUCAACCUGAUCAAGACAAAGGAGAUGAUUGUGGACUACAGGAAAAAAAAGAGGACUGAGCACGCCCCCAUUGUCAUCGACAGGGCUGUAGUGGAACAGGUUGAGAGCUUCAAGUUCCUUGGUGUCCACAUCACCAACAAACUAUCAUGGUCCAAACACACCAAGACAGUUGUGAAGAGGGCACGACAAAGCCUAUUCCCCCUCUGGGGACUGAAAAGACUUGGCAUGGGUCCUCAGAUCCUCAUAACUUUCUACAGCUGCACCAUCGAGAGCAUCCUGAUUGGUUGCACCACCGCCUGGUAUGGCAACUGCUCGACCUCCGAUAAUAAGGCACUACAGAGGGUAGUGCGUACGGCCCAGUACAUCACUGGGGCCAAGAUUCCUGCCACCCAGGACCUCUAUACCAGGAGGUGUCUGAGGAAGGCCCUAAAAAUGGUCAAAGACUCCAGCCACCCUAUUCAUAGACUGUUCUCUCUGCUACCGCAUGGCAAGUGGUACCAGAGUGCCAAGUCUAUGUCCAAACGGCUUCUUAACAGCUUCUACCCCCAAGCCAUAAGAUUCCUGAACAGCUAAUCAUGGCAACCCAGACUAUUUGCAUUGUCCCCCCCACCCCACCCCAUGCUGCUGCUACUCUGUUUAUUAUCUCUGCGUAUUCACUUUAACUAUACUCACAUGUACAUAUUACCUCAAUUACCUCGACUAACCGGUGCCCCCGCACAUUGACUCUGUACCGGUACCCCCUGUAUAUAGCCUCCCUACUGUUCUUCUAUUUUAUUGCUGCUCUUAAAUUAUUUGUUAUUAAAUGUUUUAUUUAUUUUUACUUUUUUCUUUCUUAAAUCUGCAUUGUUGGUUAAGGGUUUGUAAGUAAGCAUUUCACUAUAAGGUCUACACCUGUUGUAUACGGCGCAUUUGGCAAAUACAAUUUGAUUUGAUUUGAAUAAAGGUAUCUCUGGCUCCAUCUAGUGGUUGGCUGCGUCAUUACAAUCAAUUUUGUUAUCUCUUUGCUACUUCACGUCCUUAGAAAAGCAGCUAUUUAUGUUGACUCGCUCAUUACACAGACUAGACACUGGAUUUCUAUGGAACAGGCGUUUCUAAAUAUAUAACUUUCAUAGCUGUACGAUAAAGAAUGCCACCUACACAGUCGUGACCUAAACCUAAAAUACGUAAAAAAUGUAUUUAGGCAACAACAAAAAAAUAUUUUACGUCUCCUUGUCGAUAGGGUGGACACACUGAAUAAAUGGCCAAAUGUUGAUUUAGAUGUUCACAAAUGUCACACAUUUUUACUAUCACUAAUGUCGUGAUAUUUUGGGUAAAGUAAUAAAAAGGUAGAUUUUCCUAAAACUGAUUGUAACUAUAUAUAGACAUACUAUACCGUACGAAAUGGCUCGUUCAUUCGCAUGUCAUGAAUUCACUAUGAUAUCAUCAAAGUUGUAUAUGGUUUAUCAUACUUUUAUUCUGUACUAGAUCAUAUGGGUUGAAAAGUGUUUUUUUCUCAGACAUAAAUAAAUAAUUCCAGGUGAAAGCCAGUGUCCAUAAGCCUCCUUGCUAUAUUGAUUAAUACAGCCAUAGCAAAACAGUGCAAAACGGAUGUCAGCUCAAGAGGCUAGCUGUUCUGUCUCGUAAAAUCUGCACAUAAUAACUUUGUGGCUUAAGGUAUAGAGGCCAUUUACAGAGACUGUAAUCCUAGCACCCAGAACCAAAUCUUAUCAGUCUGUCACAAGAAACUACAGAGCCUGUUAGAGACAGGAACUAAGGGAUCUGUCUGUCAUUUAUAGGAGAUCAAACUAGGAUGUUUGUCUCAGAGACAGAUGGUAUUUUGGAGAUCGUCCCAGUCAGAAUUAUCAUGUCAGAAUUAUAUAACAGGGAAGAUCUGUGUAACAGGUGUCUACUGAAGCUUAGUGUAUGUACAGGAAAUCACACUAAUAUUUGACUGCGGGCAGUGUUCAAAUAUUGGAUUUUAUUUCUGUUAAAACAUUUUAGUCAUUUAGCAGACGCUCUUAUCCAGAGCGACUUACAGUUAGUGAGUGCACACAUUUAUAUUUUUAUUUUUUCAUACUGGCCCCCCGUGGGAAUCAAACCCACAACCCUGGCGUUGCAAACGCCAUGCUCUACCAACUGAGCUACAUCCCUGCCGGUCAUUCCCUCCCCUACCCUGGACGACACUGGGCCAAUUGUGCGCCGUCCCAUGGGUCUCCUGGUCGCGGCCGGCUACGACAGAGUACGUUUUGUUAUGGUUUCAACUGCUGAUUGCUGUUUUAAAUAAAUGGUAAUACCAUAAUACUGCUCCAUUUGCAAAAUAAUUAAGGCCUAUCAUUUCGGUUUAAACUGAUUUCACCCAUUUUCAGUCAUUUCCACAUACCAAAAAAGUGUCUGUGGCUUCCUGCAUAAUGUAUAAAAUAACGUGUUAACCACGAGAUAAUCAGUACAGGUUAAAAAUAUCCGCUGUCAUCUGAGCAGGGAUUCAUAGUGCUGGGGGAAAAUGGGGCCUGUCGUCUUGCCCCACUGGGAGCAGGAUCAAGUUAAUAUCAGUAACUCCAACAGGACCCUGUUAAACAGGCAAAAAUUGAUCUCCAAUCUCAUUAAUCAAUGUGUAGGGUGAUGCUGGUACAGAGUGGCCUGAUGCUAGGGAAGAGUGGCCAGAGAGACAGGCCAAUCUUAGAGCCUAAGGCUGGGUCUCCUGGGUGAUGAGUUUGCCAUGCAAAGUGCAGUGUGAAUAUAAAUAGAGGCCAUUCAUCUCUUACUCAAGUGGACAACACAGCUGGUCUUAGCAAUGUAUACGAUCCCAAAACUAUACCCAACUCCUCUCAACUUUGAGUUGAAUUGAUAUGCAGCCACUUUAUAAAUGUAUUGGGCUGUCCAGGUGAACUUUCCAUCUGACCAUGUAAUCCCAUUUUAAACACCUAUAAUAUUUAGGUGGUACUGUACUAUACUGUAGUGAAAAAGUUUACAACAUGGUUAGGUGUAAGUUGUCAUUUGAUUUUAUUUGAUUUAUUAGGAUCCCCAUUAGCAGACACCAAUGGUGACAGCUAGUCUUACUGGGGUCCUGCACUUCAAAGAGUUAUGCAGAACAGCAUUGACACACUUUUAAAUGAGUGGAGCAUAUGGUGGAUGAUGUAACAUAUUAAUUUGAGCCUUACGUUUAUGAAACAUAUUUUUUAAAACAGCAUUACGCCACACUGCAUGGAUGGCAAGUUCUAAAGCAGAGUGGAUUGUAAUGUUGACAGCAGAACAUGCUGCUACAAUCUGGGCUGUCUGUGUGUGAGAGCGUGUGUGUGUGUUUGUGAGAGAGUGCGGGAAAACGUAUGUCCAUGCAUGCUUUGGCAUGUGGCAACGGUAAGUAUCCACCCACCUUCACUAGGUUUCCUUUCUGCCCACCUGUGAGUUAACAUUUGCAUCGAUAUGUCUAGCUUUUUCAUCCCAGUGUAAAGAGGCAAUUUAUUUACUGUACAUACGGUUGUCCUCCCAAGUGGCCAACCAUGUAAUUUUAUACCUUUGCUAGGGGUUCUCAUUCUUAAACAGUGUUGAUAAUAGUCUGUGCUGUGCAAUAUUGAGGGGAGAAAGGGAUAUGGUCAACUAUACAGCGAUGACAUUGUAGAGGUCAGAGGUCAAUAAGAGUGUCAGUGUCGGUGACUAACCAGUGCCCUGCAGAGCUUGUUUUAGACAACUAUAAAAAUGCAUUUCAAGCAAAACAGCCACUUUGUAUCAAAUCAGUUUGCAACCUCAUGUGUACUUUAGUCAGAUAUGUUUCCCUACAAGUUUAACAAAUCAAAUCAAAGUUUAUUGGUUGUGUAGACAGUUUUGCAGAUGUUAUCGCAGAUGCAGCAAAAUGCUUAUCUCCAACAGUGCAGCAAUAUCUAGCAAUACAAUAACAAUACACACAUAAUCCAAACGUUUUUUUUUAAAGAACAAGAAAUGGAGUCCUAUCAGAUCGAGCAAUGUCAGAGUCCGGAAUAUAAAUAUGCAGUAUGUGUAAUGGUGUGUAUUGACAGUAUGGACAGUAUAUGAAUAGAAAAGGUGUGUACAGCAGUAGUUAUAAAGGAUGAGCCAUGACUAGAAUACAGUAUAUAGAUAUAAAGUGUGUAAAACAGUAUGUAAACAUUAUUGAAGUGACCAGUGUUCAAUGACUCUAUGUACAUGGGGCAGCAGGCUGUAAGGUGCAGGGUAGAGUACCGGGUGGUAGCCGGCUAGUAACAGUGUCUAAGGUUCAGGGCAGGCUAGUGAUGACUGUUUAACAGUCUGAUGGCCUGGAGAUAGAAGCUGUUCAUCAGUCUCUCUGUACCAGCUUUGAUGCACAUGUACUGUCUCCGCCUUCUAGAUGGUAGCGGGGUGAACAGGCCGUGGCUUAGGUGGCUGAGGUCCUUGAUGAUCUUCUUGGCCUUCCUGUGACACCGGGUGCUGUAGAUGUCCUGGAGGGCAGGCAGGCAGUGUGCCCCCGAUGAUGCGUUGGGCUAAUCGCACCACCCUCUGGAGAGCCCUGCGGUUGCGGGCGGUGCUUUUGCCAAACCAGGCGGUGAUACAGCCCGACAGAAUGCUCUCGAUGGUACAUCUGUAGAAGUUCAAGAGGGUCUUAGGUGCCAAGCCAAAUGUAUUCAGCCUCCUGAGGAUGAAGAGGCGCUGUUGAGCCUUCUUCACCACGCUGUAGGUGUGAAGGGACCAAUUCAGGUCCUCAGUGAUGUGCACGCCAAGGAACUUGAAGCUUUUUACCUUCUUCACUGCAGCCCUGUCAGUGUGGAUGGGGGCGUGCUCUCUCUGCUGUCUCCUGUAGUCCGUGAUCAGCUCCUUCGUAAACAGCCAUGAUUGUAAUUUAGCACACAAUACAGGAGCUAAUUAGACCAAUUAAUCAGCUGUUUAACAAUGUAGUGUUGUCAACCAACAUUAUUGCAGCAACGAAUGUCAAGAGGCUUGUUUGUUCAUUACUUUGCAUUGCUAUUCUAGACAGCAUAAGAAGCAACAAGGUAGUAGAGGAAUGAAGGCAGUAUUAGCUCAGCUGGCAAUGAAAUCCUGAAUUGCAAGUGCAUAUUGUAGUAUGAUAAGGUUGUUUGAAGUUGCCAAAAUACAUUAUAGCAUUUUAAUCUGUUCAGCUUUGGGAGUUGUGUAGCCAAGCCACCUGAAAAUCACUCUCACACAGCACAGAGCUGAAAGCCUUCCAUUUGCGGAGGUAGAAUCAGCGGAACUACUACAGCCUGUAAUCUAGCCAGCUCUCUCGUCUCACGUAAUGUUAUCCCAUCAGCACAGCAAAGGGCAUGUCAACGGCACUUUAAAUAUUUACUCACUGUUAACAAAUUGGUUCAGUGAGGCGAUGAUCCACAGCUCAUGUAACCUUGGGACUCAGACUUAAGAAUAAUGACGUUACAAUGGAAAAAACCAAUGAUUUGAUCUUCCCUAAAAAUGAGUGUGAUGAGUGAAAAUGAACCUUGAAAUCCAGAAUAUGUUGUCAUCAUAGCCACGGGUAGAUGUUUUGAGUUGGGGGCGCAUUUGCGAAGUGGCAUACAGUUGAGCAGACAAGUUUUUAGGAUUUUAGGAAAGUAGCCACCCUUUGCCUUGAUGACAGCUUUGCACACUCUUGGCAUUCUCUCAACAAGCUUCACCUGGAAUGCUUUUCCAACAGUCUUGAAGGAGUUCCCACAUAUGCUGAGCACUUGUUGGCUGCUUUCCUUCACUCUGCGGUCCAACUCAUCCCAAACCAUCUCAAUUGGGUUGAGGUUGGGUGAUUGUGGAGGCCAGGUCAUCUGAUGCAGCUCUCCAUCACACUCCUUCUUGGUCAAAUAGCCCUUACACAGCCUGGAGGUGGGUUGGGUCAUUGUCCUGCUGAAAAACAAAUGAUAGUCCCACUGAGCGCAAACCAAAUGGGAUGGCGUAUCGCUGCAGAAUGCUGUGGUAGCCAUGCUGGUUAAGUGUGCCUUGAACUCUAAAUAAAUCACAGACAGUGUCACCAGCAAAGCACCCCCACACCAUCACAUCUCCUCCUCCAUGCUUCACGGUGGGACCACACAUGCAGAGUUCAUCCGUUCACCCACUCUGCGUCUCACAAAGACACAGCGGUUGGAAGCAAAAAUCUCAAAUUUGGACUCAUCAGACCAAAGGCCAGAUUUCCACAGGUCUAAUGUCCAUUGCUCAUGUUUCUUGGCCCAAGCAAGUCCCUUCUUCUUAUUAGUGUCCUUUAGUAGUGGUUUCUUUGCAGCAAUUCGACCAUGAAGGGCUGAUUCACACAGUCUCCUCUGAACAGUUGAUGUUGAGAUGUGUCUGUUACUUGAACUCUGUGAAGCAUUUACAGUGGCUUGCGAAAGUAUUCACCCCCCUUGGCAUUUGUCCUAUUUUGUUGUCUUACAACCUGGAAUUAAAAUUGAUUUUUGGGGGGUUUGUAUCAUUUGAUUUACACAACAUACCUACCACUUUGAAGAUGAAAAAUAUGUUUUAUUGUGAAACAUACAAGAAAUAAGAAAACUUGAGCGUGCGUAACUAUUCACCCCCCCCCCCCCCCCCCCCCCCCCCCCCAAAGUCAAUACUUUGUAGAGCCACCUUUUGCAGCAAUUAGAGCUGCAAGUGAGGUAUGUCUCUAUAAGCUUGGCACAUCUAGCCACUGGGAUUUAAGCCCAUUCUUUAAGGAAAAACUGCUCCAGCUCCUUGAAGUUGGAUGGGUUCCGCUGGUGUACAGCAAUCUUUAAGUCAUGCCACAGAUUCUCAAUUGGAUUGAGGUCUGGGCUUUGACUAGGCCAUUCCAAGACAUUUAAAUGUUUCCCCUUAAACCACUCAAGUGUUGCUUUAGCAGUAUGCUUAGGGUCAUUGUCCUGCUGGAAGGUGAUCCUCCGUCCCAGUCUGAAAUCUCUGGAAGACUGAAACAGGUUUCCCUCAAGAAUUUCCCUGUCUUUAGCGCCAUCCAUCAUUCCUUCUAUUCUGACCAGUUUCCAAGUCCCUGCCGAUGAAAAACAUCCCCACAGCAUGAUGCUGCCACCACAAUGCUGGUGGAUGGUGUUCUCGGGUUGAUGAGAGGUGUUGGGUUUGCGCCAGACAUAGCGUUUCCUUGAUGGCCAAAAAGCUAAAGUUUAGUCUCAUCUGACCAGAGAACCUUCUUCCAUGUGUUUGGGGAGUCUCCCACAUUUUUUUCUUUAAGCCAUGGCUUUGUUCUGGCCACUCUUCCGUAAAGCCCAGCUCUGUGGAGUGUACGGCUUAAAGUGGUCCUAUGGAUAGAUAUUCCAAUCUCCGCUGUGGAGCUUUGCAGCUCCUUCAGGGUUAUCUUUGGUCUAUUUGUUGCCUCUCUGAUUAAUGCGUCCUUGCCUGGUCCGUGAGUUUUGGUGGGUGGCCCUCUCUUGGCAGGUUUGUUGUGGUGCCAUAUUCUUUCAAUUUUUUGAAUAAUUUUUAAUGGUGCUCCGUGGGAUGUUCAAAGUUUCAGAUAUUUUUUUUAUAACCCAACGCUGAUCUGUACUUCUCCACAACUUUGUCCCUGACCUGUUUGGAGAGCUCCUUGGUAUUCAUGGUGCCGCUUGCUUUGUGGUGCCCCUUGCUUAGUAGUGUUGCAGACUAUGGGGCCUUUCAGAACAGGUGUAUAUAUACUGAGAUCGUGUGACAGAUCAUCUGACACUUAAAUUGCACAAAGGUGGACUUUAUUUAACUCAUUUUGUGACUUCUGAAGGUAAUUGGUGUCACCAGAUCUUAUUUAGGGGCUUCAUAGCAAAGGGGGUGAAUACAUGUGCACGCACCACUUUUCCGUUAUUUAUUUUUUAGAAAUUUUUGAAAUAAGUUAUUUUUUUCAUUUCACUUCAAAUGAAAUGGACAUACACACUUUUUGUGUAUGUCCAUUACAUGAAAUCCAAAUAAAAAUCCAUUUAAAUUACAGGUUGUAAUGCAACAAAAUAGGAAAAACGCCAAGGGGGAUGAAUACUUUUGCAAGGCACUGUAUUUGGGCUGCAAUCUGAGGUGCAAUUAACUCUAAUGAACGUAUCCUCUGCAGCAGAGGUAACUCUUUGUCUUCCUUUCCUGUGGCGGUUCUCAUGAGAGCCAGUUUCAUCAUAGCGCUUGAUGGUUUUUGCAACUGCACUUGAAGAAACUUUCAAAGUUCUUGAAAUGUUCCGUAUUGACUGACCUUCCUGUCUUAAAGUAAUGAUGGACUGUCAUUUCUCUUUGCUUAUUUGAGCUGUUCUUGCCAUAAUAUGGACUUGGUUUUUUACCAAAUAGGGCUAUCUUCUGUAUACCACCCCUACAUUGUCACAACACAACUGAUUGGCUCAAACGCAUUAAAUUCCACAAAUUAACUUUUAAGAAGCACAUCUGUUAAUUGAAAUGCAUUCCAGGGACUACCUCAUGAAGCUGGUUGAGCGAAUGUGUGCAAAGCUGUCAUCAAGGCAAAAUGUGGCUACUUUGAUGAUUCUCAAAUAUAUGUUUAACACUUUUUUGGUUACUACAUGAUUCCAUAUGUGUUAUUUCAUAGUUUUGAUGUCUUCACUAUUAUUCUACAAAGUAGAAAAUAGUAAUAAUAAAGACAAACCCUGGAAUGAGUAGGUGUGUCCAAACUUUUGACUGGUACUUUAUCUUUUUUUAUAUUAAUAUUAUACAGCGGACAUCUAAUACCUAUGCAUGCAAUGCCCUGAUACAUUUAGUGCUCAAAUCUCUGACAGCUGAACUGUAAAGUGGACAAUUAUUGUUUCAGGAAAUUAAAAACCAAUUAAACAAUAGGCUAUAAAGUUUUGCAUAUGCUACAUUUGUUAUAGGCUGUUUUUAAGGACAUUAAAUGUGGCUCAUUUGGCCAAUAGCUCUCGUUUAUUGAUGGUGCUGGCGACGUGGGUUGACACCCUUAUAAGUCAUGGAUGACCGGUACAUUUCUCAAAUGUCUGAUCAAUUCAUUUUUUUCUUGUCCAGCACCUAACGGAAACCCUGGCUACAAAAUAAACUUUCCAGUGACAUUGACUCACCCAAUGAUGAAGAUGAAGCAUAGGCUACUCACCCAUGAUGGCUGAUGGGCGUGAGAUAAGCUACUUUGAAAAACAGUGCUGUUUGCUCAGAAUUUCUCUAUUUUUAGCUUCUACAGACAGAUUAGUCUUCUCUUUUCAGCAGUAGGCAUUUGCUUUCCAAACAGUAGGCCUAUAUUUGUGAGAGGCAACCUGACAUCCGCAACCAACCAUAGAAAUAUAAUCCAUAGAUUGCAGUUCCCAUUCAAGUCAGGACUGGCUGCCAUUGCUAGUGUACCCAUGAGUUUAAGUGUCAAAGUGCCAGGGUUAGAGGUUCCAAAAACCUUCUAUGGAUUAUAUAUGUGACCACAACGCAACAAGCUGUUCUAUAUUUGGCACGCAUGCUGCCCAAAUUGCAGCCUUCCUGACUGUAAGUGCUUCUGACAAAAUGUAAUCCACAACUAUUUCUUAGAAACUAUUGAUCAACUGUAGCUAAAUUACGCUCUCUGAUGUAGUAUUUUGAAUAAUUUUAUUCAUGUCUGUUCAGACAGGAGUAAUUAUUUUUUACAGCCUAAUUUUGGCAAAAGUAUUUCAAUUUAUCAGGGGGUGCAGCACCCCCAGCACCCCUACUUCCCGCGGCUAUGGUUGUCAUUGAUGUUUUCAUAGAGAUUCUGCAGGAGUGGUAAACGAUAUGUUGAAGUGACUGGGACACUGGCGAGCAUGACAGACCGAUUUAUAAUGCUUACAUCUUGAGAUGAGUUCAGUGAAGGUGCUCCUUGCCUCCGGCUGUUCCAGCAAUGCAGUAAAUAAAAACCAGAGGUUAUUCCAAGUGAUUUGUCUGGUUAAUUGACUUCUAUUUACCCUCAAGGAUCAUAAUUCAUAGAAUUUGAAAAGAAUCCAGACAUUCCAUUUAAUAAAGAAGACGUAAUAAAACGUGUCUUGGAAUAACAAAAGCUAUUUCUAAGUUAUUGCAUCUAGAGGUCAAAAUCUUGAGAGUUUCUGUUAUUUGUGAAGGUUAAUAUAAUAAUUUCUGCCAGAGGGACAGUUUGUUUUACAUAAUGAUAAUGAUAAUGGGGGCUCUAUGGCUGGGUUUUCUGUCUGGUCCUAAACAUAUCCCCCUUCUUUGUCCCCUUGUAGGAGUGGAGGGCAUAGAGUGUUCACUACCCAUGGACGGCAGACGGGUGUCCCUGAGCCAGCUCUCACAGGACAGCUUCCGGGAGUGUCAGAUCACCCUUACCUUAACAGACUUACUCAUCAUCAUCUUCUCUGGCAUCUCUGUGUCUGUAGUGGCAAUCAUGACCAGCUUUUUCCUAGCCUCCAUUGUCCACUGUUUCCAGCGCACGAGCAAAACCUCUAAGGGAGAUGAGGAGGAGAGUGAGGAGUGA